UCAGUACUACGUGCACAAACCUGCGGCCGUGCCCUCCAUCUUCCACCUGACUGAGAAGAGGGGGCUGAAGGCCCUGGCCGCCCCAGGAGAAAGGACACCAGGAAGGCCGCCGGGGGCCUGAGGGAACAUGUGAGUGAGGCAGAUGGGAAAGGAGCUGCAGGUUCAUCGUCGUCCUCGAGGGAAAACCUGAGGGCCUAGCCGGGGUCCCGCAAGUUGAAGCGAGCCCCUCUGCAGGGUGAACCCGCAGCCAGGGCUGCCCGGGAAGCCGCCAGUCAGAAGCGGGCGCAGAGUCUCUGGAAGGAACUCCAGGAGACAGUGUGGCCUCCACAGCAUCAGGCAGCCAGGGAGAUGCAAACACGUCUGCUGUAGAUGCUGGCGAUGAAACCCCCUCUUCCCAGCGAGGGGCUGCUGGGUAAGAGUGGCAUUUCCGUGGGUGACUUUACCCCCAGGAUCUGGGGCGUGCAGAUUUAUUGGCUGGUUUCCUUCUUACAGUUUCUCCUCAGUGUACACUCGAGAGAGGCCAUCUGUCCCCCAGAGCCUGUCGAGCGAAGGAGGCUGAAGAGAGACGCGGAGCCCAGCUGCAGCGGGACCAGCCUGAGGCCUGACGAGGGCUUGGCCCAGAGCCCCCAAGUUCAUCAUUCACAAUGAUGCCUCAGAAACCCUCCCAGAGCCCCUCCACUCCAACAGACGUCACCCCGAAGCCAGCCGCAGAAGCUGUGCAGGGCGAGCACAGCGACACCGGCCCCACGUCCCUCAGCGGGCUCAUCCUGUCAGCACUGGGGGCCCAAGAACUCCUCGACUCACUGCACUCCUACUGCUUCUGCUCCCGGGGGAACAGGAGCAUGGGUGCCGCCUGCAGGGGCAGGUGGAGAAGAACGGCGAGCUGAAGAGGGGCAGCCGCCGACAGCCAGGUGCAGACGCUGCAGGAGGAGCUAGAUGAGCUGAAGGGAGGGGGCUCCCUGCCUUAGCAGCCUGCUGCCCCCAGCCAAGGGUAAGCACUUCAGCUGGGGUACAAUAGGUUAUUGGAGGCCAAGUGACAGACCCUGCGACUCCUGAUUCCCAGUGCACGGGCAGCCCUCUCAGCCCAUUGGACAUAAAUGGUGGUGGUGUUUGUGAAGCAUCUGGCUGGCAGUGUGGAAGUUUGGUGGCAGCAGUGGGAUUCAAAGGACUCAUCUGAUGGCUUCGGAGAUGAGAAACACAGGCAUUGCGCCAGCUGCAGAGCUCCAGCCGGCGGCAGAAGCAGGGCAGUGGACAGUGGUGGAGGUAGAGCUGGCUCCAGCUCCGUCAAUACCACCCCCUCUAGCGCUGGAGCCAGCGUCCCCUCCAUCAGCAGUGUUGGAGCUGGAGCAAGGGCCCACGUCGGCUCCAGCAGGAGUGGGAGCUGCUGAGCUGGAGUCACCUGGACCAUCAUUUCUAGUGGGAAGUCCAUCUCCACCUGUGGCCAUUAAGGAGGAUGAGAAGAAGCCUAACUUCACGGCCUUCCCUCCUAAGCUGGUGGCGGAGCUGUUGACCGUGAUGGAUGUGGAGUGCGAGAUCCUGAAGAACUUCUCCUCACUCCGUGCUGUCAUCUCUGCUCUGCAGAAAACCUCCAUAAGCCACCUGAAGAACAAGUGGGUGGAUGUUUCCCAGUGGGUAGGCCCCUCUCCAUAG